AUGGAGAAAGCAAUCGUAUCGAACAGCAAUCAAUCCCUAGAUCACGAGUUAGUUGGUACGAAACCGCGUUCUUUAACAUUUAGUGCGCCGGAAUGCCUUAGACCUAAAGCACUAGAAACACUCAAUGGUCACAACGUAAGUUCAGCAGCUAGUAACAGAUCACCAUCUCCAUCUUUCGUCGAAGUAAAGGCCCUUGCACAAGCAAAAUUGAAGGAUGAACUUAAACGAUACCAAGAAGAAUUAAAACUCAAAGAUGAAGAAGUAACAAAAUUGAGCAAAGUUAAAGAUCAAAUUAAUGAAGAAGUUGAAGAACUAACGGCCAGCCUUUUUGAAGAAGCUAAUUCUAUGGUACUCGAAGCGAAUAUCAAGCAAGCAACGGCUGAGAAAAAGUUAGUUGAAGCUCAGAAUAAGAUUGAGGCGCUCGAAACAGAAAUUGUAGCACUUAAACAGGUCUUAGAGUCGACUGAAAAUCAUUCCCAGGGACAUUCCGAUAAGCACAGACGAAAUCUAACCAAUCCUUUUCGUCAGUUUUCAAAUAAAUUCAGUUCUAAAAACAAGCGAAAUCAAGAAAUACCUAGCAUUUUUGAAAAUGAAAUUCCGGAGGUCGAUUCUGUUUAUUACGGUGAAUUUCUCCAAUGGUUGGAUAACCCUGAUUUGGACUACGCUAAACCUUUUCUGGCACGAAUUUAUGGUGAAGAUAUUUUAACGUGCCUUGAAUUAUCCAACAAAAACCUAACCCAGAUUGUCCAAAGGGCAAUAGAACGAAGUACGUUUCACAUGGAAGCUUUAAUCGAUCCUAUCAUUAGAGAAGAUGCCUUAAAUGGUAUAAAACAAAAGUGCAAAUAUCGCAUAAAAUGUACAGACGAUUCGGAAGAUUGGCUUUAUAUUGGUCAAAAUACCAGAAAUAGGCUAUCAAGUGUAUGCGAUUUCCAUGAUUAUAUAAAAUAUAUCCGAAAUGGACUGGUUAAAAGCAAUGUGAAUGAAAUGUAUCGCAAAAUUAUGUUUCUAAGAAAAUCUAUGGCUAUUGCAAAGCUCGGAUUUCUAGCCUUGCCAACAGACUAUAACGCUAUACCAUAA